UUCGCGGGCCAUGGCCGAGAGCGACUGGGACACGGUGACGGUGCUGCGCAAGAAGGGCCCCACCGCCCAGGCCAAGUCCAAGCAGGCUAUCUUAGCGGCACAGAGACGAGGAGAAGAUGUGGAGACUUCCAAGAAAUGGGCUGCUGGCCAGAACAAACAACAUUCUAUCACCAAGAACACAGCCAAGCUGGACCGGGAAACGGAGGAGCUGCACCAUGACAGGGUGACCCUGGAGGUGGGCAAGGUGAUCCAGCAGGGUCGGCAGAGCAAGGGGCUUACGCAGAAGGACCUGGCCACGAAAAUCAAUGAGAAGCCACAGGUGAUCGUGGACUAUGAGAGCCGACGGGCCAUACCCAAUAACCAGGUGCUGGGCAAAAUCGAGCGGGCCAUCGGCCUCAAGCUCCGGGGAAAGGACAUUGGAAAGCCCAUCAAGAAGGGGCCUAGGGCGAAAUGAACACAAAGCCUCGAAAUCAGUGCGCUCCAGCUGAUCUCGUUCUGCCAGUUCCCCUUGGCCGCCAGCACCGCCGUGGGUCUCCUCACGGCCAGGCCAGACGGAACAAGAGGUCCAGCUCGUGAGGGACCCUCCCCAGCCCAUUCCUGCUGUCAAACAAACAAAACCUUGCAAAGCGAAAAAAA